AUGUUUGGCGUACAGCUCCGGUCUCGAGUGGAGGUUGACUGAUAUUGCGACGAUGCAUGGAGUUGGUUUCGCGUUGUUUCGAACAAAACGAAAGAACUGAACAAAGAGAUUUUUCUGCGCAGGAUUAAAGAUUCGCGAAAUCCGGUGCUGUGAGAAAAGUUUUAUCGAAGUGAAAAUUUUCAGGUUGAAAAGCCUGACAAACGUAGCAAAGUCUUUAAAUUAUAUUUCUGUACAUUGGAAGGUACAGAAAACAUGGUGGUUCACUCCAGCUAUUUCCUCCUGGAAUUUGCCGGGAUAAUAAUUGCCCUUGUCAUAUCUGUUUAUGCCUACCUAAAAUAUGUGUCCUUCAGCUACUGGAGUUCGAGAAAUGUAAUUUCUCCAAAGCCGAUCAUUCCUUUUGGCCACAUCAAGCCCGUCACAACAAGAAAACGUUCAAUAGGUGAACUUUUCCAAGAUAUCUACUCGGAGUAUAAGAAACAUCCAAUUAUUGGCGUUUACUUGUUUACCCGGCCUAACCUCGUCAUCGCCGAUCUAGACCUCUUACGCUUUGUUCUUACAAAAGAAUUUCCGCAUUUCCACGACCGUGGAGUUUACUGCGAUGAAAAGACUGAACCACUGUCCGGACAUUUGUUCUCACUGCCUGGUGCCAAAUGGAGAUUUUUGAGGAACAAGUUCUCUCCCACGUUCACUUCCAGCAAGAUAAAACAAAUGUUCCCUACGGUUAAAGAAACUUCCAACAGACUUUCACUGAUAGUCGAGAAAAAAGCUCAAAACUCUGAAGUGAUUGAGAUAAAAGAUCUUAUGGCAAGGUUUUCCACCGACGUGAUCGCUUCAGUGGCUUUCGGUAUUGAUUGUAACAGCCUAGAAAAUCCAGAUGCUGAAUUCCGGGCGAUGGGUAGAAAGUUUUUUGCCCCAAGAAAGGGUAUAGCCGGACUUGUUUUUGCUUUUCCAAUUUUGCAUAAACUGUUUAAAUUUACCGCGAUUCCCGAGGAUGUCACUAAUUUUUUCAUGGGCGCUUUCAAGGAAGCAGUAGAAUAUAGAACGGCCAAUAACGUCGUUCGAAGAGACUUUUUAGACUUGGUCAUACAGCUUAUAUAUAAAGGCUACGUUCAUAAUGACGACGAAAAAGCACCGCUGCCUGGGACAGUCGACGAGCAGAAGAUUACCAUGGACGAAGGAGCCGCACAAGCAUUCGUCUUCUGGGUUGGUGGCUUUGACACAUCAUCGUCAACGGUGACCCAUUGCCUCUACGAGUUGGCGCUGAAUCAGGAAUUGCAGGAGAAAACAGCCGCGGAAAUAAUCAGAGUCCUUGAAGAAUACGGGGACGUAACUUACGAGUCCAUCAGAGCGAUGCCCCAUCUUCACAAAGUCGUUUCUGAAACGCUGAGGAAGUACCCAGUCGUUCCGAUACUCAACAGAGAGUGCACCGAGGAUAUUGACCUGCCUGGUACCGGCUUCCGAGCCACCAAAGGUACUAAGAUUAUUGUCCCGGUUCUUGGAAUCCAUUGGGACCCCGACCUAUAUCCAGAACCAGAGAAAUUCGACCCGGAACGGUUUAAUGAGGAAAACAUUGCCAAGAGACACCCGUACGCUUACUUGCCAUUUGGUGAGGGCCCAAGGAACUGCAUCGGUAUGAGGUUCGGGUUGGUGCAGUCUAAAGUUGGCCUGAUCAGGAUGUUGUCAAAGUUCCGUUUCACUCCAGGUCCGAACUUGGACGUGCCUUUAAUAAUGGACAAGGCAAACUUUGUGCAGAUGGCCUUAAACGGGGUAACAUUGCGUGUCCAAAUGCGAUAAUGCGACGGAGUCAAUGUGUAAUAUUUGUGCCAUACAAGUUUAAGAUUCCCUAUUUGGAAAAACGGUACCUGUAUAUACAUUUCACAGGUUUCGAGAACAAAACUUUCAAAGAAGGUGGUGGAAAAAAUUGUUUACAGUUACCGCUGGGAUUUAGUGAUUAUCUGAGGUUGAUAACGUCACAUUUUCCGAAAUGUCUAGGUAUCACAAUAUAAAAUCCAUCCGCCGUAAGAUCAGUCGUUUCUUACAAUAUUACUGUAUAUGCUCUAAGAUGUACAGUUACAGUGGCAGAUAAUGAAAAAGCAACUUCUUACUCUAAUUGGUUAUUACGGUAUUAUAAUACGUUUGGUGGAUGCUUUGAGUGAAACUGGAUGCUCGGACCAAAUAUCCCAGGCUACACUUGAUGUUCUAAAAAAUUCGCAGCAAACAUAUCUCUGCAAGAUUUGAAAUAUUUCAGUUACAAAAUAAAUAAAUAAAUAAAAAUCAAUUUUUCACUGCUUACGUCGGUUGCGCAUGAAUUAGUCUCUUAGUCUGUUCAGUUUCAAAAUAACAUAUUAUCGAAGACUGACACGAUCAUUAAGGCAAUUUGGAAAACAAAAUUAUAAAUUCUAAAGUCAAACAAUGAAAAUUUUUCUCGUUUCUCGUCUCUUCUGAGUUUCAUGUGACUUGAACAAAUUAGAGAUCUACGAUUGUCAGCAGUGAAAUGGUGAAUGAAAUUAUUAUUUUAGUUGAAAUGAUAAGUAAAAUGACGAACCGUUCGGAUCAUAUUUUCUACCCAAAUCAAUUACCAUUAUAUCACUCUCCCAAUAUCGAUUUGUACCAACAGAUAACUAAACCAUUGUUCCAAUACUUCACAAAAUGGUUUAAGUGCGAGUACUGCUAAAACAUUCAAAAAUCAUAAGUACUUAACAUCCCAGCCAACAUCUGCGCACGGGAAAGAGCUAAGUCACAGAAUUUCUAUCCGCACCUAAUGCAUUUGCGAUUGUAUCGAAAUUCUUUUCUACGAUAACGGGAGACCAAAUUUUUUGAUGGAUUAAGUCAACAAUGACAUAUCUUUAUUCUUUCUUUCACGCAAGGAUAACUUUGAUACUGGCGAUUAGACAACACGAGAGUGUACUUUCUUCGGUAUUCAAGUUGUGUUAAUUGAUUUUUGUAUCUCUUGAAGAGUCAAGAGCUAAUUGUUUUGGUUGUUAUACCUUCCAGUACAAUUUAUUACCAACGUUGAGAAAAAAAAAUGCUGCAUUAUCCAUCAGAGUUGAGAUGAAACAUGCUGUACGUUCUUUUCAGUUACGAAAUGCCUUUGCUAGAUCCCAUUUACUUCUGUUAUUUAUAAUUUUUAUUUUAUAUUGAACAACUUAACUCUUCAUUUUGUUUGUUUCUUCCACUUCCUACUUAUUUUUCCAUAAUCUUAAAAUCUGAUAUGUGUUGCAAUACUCGACGUUUCCUAACAUCGUCAUUAUAGUAUUGAACAUAUUUAUCUCGGCAGAUAACCAUACGAGGGUUCCAGUAAAGUUACUAAACAAAUACUUAUAUUUAUGCAUAACAAAGUGAUUUUAAGGAGAAGCGGUAGGAGAUGUAUUCGUGUUAGAAUGAGUUUUAAAGUGAACCGUUGCAUCCACGAGAAAUCAUACGAAUAGAUGCAUCGUUCGUUAGAACAACUUUCGCAUGUUGAAGCCGCGCAUUUCCGAAAGUAAGGUAUUAAUCGUCAGUGAAUUACCGUCUCAGUGACGGGCUGAUGCUAAGCGACUCAAAGAAUUUGUAAUUGAAAACGGAAAAAAUCUGCAAAAGCAUUUUGAGAUUCUUUUUUUACGUUAAUAAAAACUGAAAAAAUGA